UUAAAUCCCCCUUCCUCACUCUCACUCUUCAUUCAAUCCAAUACUUCGAAAGUUUCUGCCUUUUUCAGUGUUCCAAUCAAAUGGGUUUAGAGGCUCUUAAUUCCCCAACAACUGCUACUGCUCCUUUUCACUUCCAGGAUACUACCAAUCUACACUGCCUGGACUCCAUCACCAAACGGAAACGUACCAAGCGACCGCGAGUUCCCACCGAGGAAGAAUACCUCGCUCUCUGCCUUAUCAUGCUAGCACGCGACCAUGCUCCCGCGCCCGUCUCGACUGACAAAAAACAUACCUACAACUGCAGCGUUUGCAACAAGGUGUUUCAUUCUUACCAGGCUUUGGGUGGCCACAAAGCCAGCCACCGUAAAGGCAACGCCAACGAGGAGCAGUUAUCAACGUCAAUGACCACAUCUACUCCUGCCGGUGGAGUUACGUACUCGACCGCGUCGAACCCGAGUGGAAGGUCCCAUGAGUGUUCGAUAUGCCACAAAAGAUUCCCGUCAGGCCAGGCCUUGGGAGGCCACAAGCGACGCCACUAUGAAGGCGGGGCUGUGAAAAGCGGUAGCGGCGUGACGACAUCUGAAGGAGUGGGAUCAACCUCGACAAAUACCGUGAGCCACGGCAGCCAACGAGGUUUUGAUCUGAACCUCCCGGCUUUUCCGGAAUUCUCACCGGUUAAUUUCUUUGGCUCCGGGGGUGAUGAUGAAGUGGAAAGCCCACACCCUACUAAGAAACCGUGUCUGUUGAUCCGGAUGCCAUCCAAAAUUGAAGUCAACUAAGCUUUAGGCCAGAUUCGAUGUAUUCUUUUUUGUACAUAGCUCAUGGACGAUUCAUCAAUUAUCUCAACUAAAAUAAGCUU